CACAACGAUACCUCUUUUACAGCCACCCAGGGUUGCACACAAGCCAACAUCUCUCUCAUCCCUGAAGAUCUAACCUUUUGCAUCCGCCGCUUUCUCUCCGACAAAGACCAACGCCCGCCGCCAGUACGAGGCGAAGCCGAAGCUGAAGGGAACAUGUCGGUAUUGCUGCACGCACUUGAUGCGAAAAUUGGCAAUUCCCCUGUCGGCCACAACUGA